AUGUCGACCUCUGCCCGCCGCCGUUUGAUGCGAGACUUCAAGCGCAUGCAAACAGACCCUCCAGCCGGUGUUUCUGCAUCGCCCGUCGCCGAUAAUGUCAUGACCUGGAAUGCCGUCAUCAUCGGACCCGCAGACACUCCUUUUGAAGAUGGGACAUUCCGCCUUGUCAUGCACUUCGAGGAGCAGUACCCCAAUAAACCGCCCGGUGUCAAAUUCAUUAGCCAGAUGUUCCACCCCAAUGUCUACGGCACUGGCGAGUUGUGUCUGGACAUCUUGCAAAACCGCUGGAGUCCCACCUAUGACGUGGCCGCCAUUUUGACCAGCAUUCAAAGCCUGCUCAAUGAUCCCAAUACCUCUUCACCUGCAAAUGUCGAAGCCUCCAACCUGUACAAGGAUAACCGUCGUGAAUACGUAAAGCGAGUGCGAGAGACGGUUGAGAAGAGUUGGGAAGACUAG